CCAAUGUAUUUAGUUAGCUCAUUUAAGAGUUUCAGACAAUGAAUAUUUUUUUCUGUAGGUAUCUCUUCAACGUGUUUUUUGCAGUGGUGGUCCUCCAACCACACAGGUGGCGCUAUUGAACAAUUCUUCUAAUUUUUAACGCCUUAAAGAUACUCCUUUUGCUCUCAAGAACAGUUUAUGGCAAAUCUUUUUCCACCAAAGAAGGUUAAUUUCGUCUACGUAUUGUCACAGCAAGCUAUUGUGGAGCUCACUUUAUUUAUGUUUUUGAUAAAAACAUCUAUUCGGUUGUGUCGCAGAUGACGGUUUUCCAACAGAAGAGCCUCUAUAAACUGUGAAAGGCAGUGCGAUGGAUCCACAUGACAAUGCAUGGAGAUUUCCUACUCAAAGGCUGGUGCCAGAUCAACAGAGGCUUGGCAAUUUCAGCAGGAUAGAGAGAGUCCCAGGGAUUACCGAUCACUGGCAAACAGGCCCUAUGUACACUGCUGUCCAGCCUCACAGCGGUGGUGUAGCCUGGAAGGAACCCAGCUCCCCAUCCCAGAACUCCCCAGACCCAGACGGAAACCCAUUCAUCUCAGAGGAUGAGGAAGAUCCUGAGUUGGCGAGAAAGAAGCGAGAGCUUCAGGAGUUACAUGAACAGAUUAUGCAUAAGAAAACCAACAUCGCCAUCAAAGCAAUUGAGAUGAUUGUGAAGAAUCCAGAUUCUCCUGAUGACCAGGAGUUUGAUACUUACAAUCCUGAAUCGCUUCGAGACAGGGUGACAGAGAUAUUGCAGCAACGCUCAUUCAGCUUUUUCUCCAAGGUUAAGUUAUGUAAACUAAAAGCAAAAGCCGCCGUUUCGAGAAAAAAUGAAGUGAAGCAGCAGCACCAUCCACUGAAGCUUAGAGUGAAGGCAUUAAAGGCACGCAGACUCAGCGACCCCGGCGUUUUACCGCCCAACAGAGAGAAGGUCCUUGAUGUUCCUCCACCUCUCACCGCCCGGGCUGUUGCUUCGCCGGCCAAAGAGGAAAGCAACGCUGCUAAGGGCUUCAAACGCUUCCUCAAUGUGCUCAACAGAGGAGCCGAUUUCAACCUGAAAAACAUGCUUUCAGAUGACCCUCUGCCUCCUCCUGACCACAUCAUUACUUCGCCUGAAAAGCAGCAGCAGCAGCAGCAGCAGCAGGAGGAGAGCACCACAAACAAGGGAUACGAGCACUUACUCACUGCUCUCAAGACAGUAGCAGCAGCAGUCCCUAACAUGAAAAAAACGGGUCCCGACGUCCCUCUGCUGCCUCCUGGCUGCAGCAUCACUUCCCCUGAAAGGCAGGAGAGCACCACAAGCAAGGGAUAUGAGCGCUUACUCAGUGUUCUCAACAGAGGAGCUGCUCCCACCUUGAACACCUUGGUACAUCCUAUCCCUGACGUUUCACUAAAUCCUCCCAGCCAUAGUGACCCUCGUAGAACAAAGGAGAGCAGAACCAACAAGAGUCCCGAGGGCGAGAGCAGAGCCAGUCGGGGUUCUGAGCAUACCGGGCAACAUUCUGAGAGUAAGAGCAGCGCAAGCAGAAAAUCUGAGAGCAAGAGCAAAGCUGACAGGCGUUCAGACCACGAGAAAAGUGAAAACAAACAUUCUGAUCUCGAGAAAAGUGUCGACAAGCGUUCUGACCGCAAGAUCAGUCCAAAAAGAGGCGAUGAGGGCAAAACUGGUGACAGCAGAGCUUUUGAGCACAAGAAAAGUGUUGACAGAGGCUCUGACCUCGAGAGUACCAUCAGCCGACGAUCUGAAGUCAAGAGAAGAAGUUCUGAUUGUACAGACGGAGCUGAUAGAGGUUCUGAGGACGCGAACAACCUUAACAGACCUUCUGAACACAAGAGCAGUGUCCACAGAGUUUGUGAGCUCGAGAGCAGUGCGGACCAAGGUUCUGGGAUUGAAAAGAUUCUCGACAGAAGUUCUGAAACCAAGAGGAGCGUCAGCAAGGGCAGCGUUGAUCGACUCCUUGAAGGCGAGGGCAGCAUGAAAGGAAAUUUUGAGUCCGAUAGUAGUGCAAACAGAAGUUCUGGGCACACGAACAGUGGCGACAGAGCUUCUGAGCCGGAGAGCGGUGUCAGUAAAACUCUUAAAAGUGAGAGCGAGAAGAACAGAGGUCUCAAGAGCAAGAGCAGCUAUAACAAGGGUUUUGAGCGCUUUGUGAGUCUGCUCAACAGUGGAGUGGACAUCACCAAGCUCAGUAAGAUGAUCAAAGAUGAGGUAGAUGAUCUUCCAAAAACCUCUCCCGCUUGUUUGAAAACGGCCCCCAAGAGUGAAAACCAGAAGUCCGACACUGGACUCUCGCUGCCAGGCUGCAGUGGGAUCAGCAGCGUGAAUUCAAAAACUGUCAAAAAAGAGACGUCCUUGCCUGAAGACGUUGAGGUAAAGACGGUUAAAAAAAGGAGCAGUUUGUACUCCGGUAGUCAACCAGAGCUUGCCCUUGAAGUGAAAAAGAAGAAGGAAGAGGAAAAGGAAACCUUGGGAAUAGAUGAGAAGCAGAAACAAGUGCAGAGCAUUCUUAAAACGUUGGGUUUGAAUCUGGACGUGGAGGAAUUGACCAAACUAACAGAUCGCACUCAGCAGAGGCUGUAUGGAAGGAGGAAUGAAGGUAGGGAGACGAGCGAAAGCAGGAUGGAACAGGAAAGUCAGCGUUCGCUCUCCCAUAAAAAACACAGUAGGUCCCGCUCCUCAACCUCCUCCUCUUCGUCGUCCUCUUCCUACUCUUCCUCUUCCUCCUCAACUUCCUCUAGAUAUGCCUCUAGAAGCCGUAGUCGGAGCCCUCGGGGCCGCCGGCGUCGGCGCUCUCGCAGCAGAGACGCACAUAGACGUUCUCGUGACAGAGGCAGAGACGGAGGGAAGCGGCACAGCAGGACUGAGGCCAGUAAAGACGCCCAGAGGCCCAGUUACAGAAACCAGCAACAUCCUUUUCCUUCUCCUUAUGGCGCUCCUUCCACGUAUACCGAUUACAGUUUGUACCAAUAUGCCCAGUAUAUGAACUACUACAAUGCCUACAACAGUGCUAUGAACUCCAAUUGGGUAUUUGAUCCAAAUCAGAGUCACGCGCUGCCGUCCCGUUCACAGUGGCACUCGGUAUUAGGAGAUAUGAGGCGUCCCAACCAACCUGGACAGAUCUCGGUUAAUGACUUCAUGCUGUUCAUGAAUCCAGACUUGUCUGGGAGUGAAGGUCAGAGCAACGAACCCUCUGGUUCUCGUUGCCUCACGGUCAUCAAUACUACACCAUCUUCUGCAAGCAGCGUGACGGGAAAUCAAUGGAUAAUGAAUCAUGAGCGGAAUCUGUUGGAGUUGAAAAGAAAGAAUCAUAAAAGAAAGAAAAGAAAACAAUCUGCAAGUUCAACUCAAGAUUUGCCGCCGAAGAGAACUGUAGAAAAGUCUAUUGAGAAAAAACCUGCAGAGACAUUGACUGCAGGGAAAAAAGCCUCAGAAACGGUUUCUACAGCGAACAAAACCCCAGAGACGGUCGCUAUGAAAGAAAAGGUUGCAGAAUCGGUUGUUAUGGAGAAAAACGUUGCAGAAACGGUUGCUAUGAAUAACAUAGUUGCAGGAAAGAAAACCAUCAACUCUAAGACCUUAAACCCCACACCUUCACAGGGUAAGACUCUUGAUAAGAUAGCCAAGGUAACAGAAGAGAAGAAACGUCACCUUACAGAGGAGAAAAUAAAGGCUAACCUGAGGGAAAAGCUUCUGGAGUUUAACCGGAAAGCGAAGCUGCUGACACAACCCAGCUCCAACAUCAAGCCAUCAACAGACUCCCUGGACUCUGAGCUCCUUUAAUGGAUCUGUAGAAACUCUCACAUCCCCUGUGGAUCAUUGACCUUCAUUUCAGUUUUACAUAAACCUUUUGCUACUCCCUGUUCGAGCUGAAUCCUCCUCUAAAUGACUUAAGUAACUGAAAACUUCCUCGAAGAAUUUACUUCUUAAGUUCUUCCUAGUUUAUAUCAAGGUUUUUACUUUUGUUGCCACUAAUUAUGUUAUGUUCUAACAUUUAUUUGCUGGUUCUGUUAUAGUUAACCUUAUUUUGUUGCCUGAAGUCUUUUAGUUUGUCUGGUUUUCCCUAGUAAAAUGUUUAAAUACUGUUUAAA